AAGUCACAACACACAAAGAGAGUCUCUUACAAAAUCCUCUUAAAACUAUUCAGAGAGAUUUCUGUUUUGGCUGCCGCCACCACCACAUGCGCCUCUAUCGUUCUCUUCGGGGUCUAGGGUUUGUAGGGUUUUCAAAGACCUUCAGUUGCUUAUCUAGGGCUUUUCGAGCUGGAUUCUCUCACUUUUCUCAGACGCAUCUCCAUGCGCCGCUGGUUUAGUGGCUUCGUUGAUUAGAUAGGCGUCGCUUCUCUCUCUUCCUCUUUCAAUUGAUAUCUGACUCUCUCAAUCUUUGCCAUACUAAUUAGCUCCACUCAAAAGCCUAGGGUUUGAUUUGUUCAUUUUGAGAUACUAUGGCUUUCCGUUCAGGGCAAGUGGUUGGUUUGCCGAUUGGGUUUGCACUUUGAGGGGGUUCGGGAGAUUUGAAUGGCAUUGGGGGAUUUGAUGGCGUCUCGGUAUUCGCAAUCUUCGGUUGUGACAACGGUGGUCUCGAAUCACUUCGACGAGUCCGCUUCGAGCCACGAAGACGGGGAUUUGGGUUCACAGAGAAGGGAUUCGGAGACUGCCAGCAGUAGUCAUGGGAAUGCGUCGGCUUCCACCACUACGAGCAUGGCAUACUUGCCCCAGAACAAAGUGUUUUGUGAGCUUCGGCACGAGGCCUUCGAGGCUUGUGUGCCUACCGGCCCAUCCGAUAACGGUUUGGUUUCGAAAUGGCGACCUAAGGACCGAAUGAAGACGGGAUGUGUUGCUCUAGUUUUAUGCUUAAACAUUAGUGUUGAUCCACCUGAUGUAAUCAAGAUAUCUCCUUGUGCCAGAAUGGAGUGCUGGAUAGAUCCUUUUUCUAUGAUACCUCAAAAAGCACUCGAGACAAUUGGAAAAACCUUGAGUAGUCAGUAUGAAAGGUGGCAACCAAAGGCUCGCUAUAAGUAUCAACUUGAUCCUACCAUGGAGGAAGUGAAGAAACUUUGUAAUACAUGUCGUAAAUAUGCCAAGUCAGAGAGAGUUCUGUUCCAUUAUAAUGGACAUGGUGUGCCGAAACCUACGGCUAAUGGUGAAAUUUGGCUCUUUAAUAGGAGUUAUACACAGUAUAUCCCCUUGCCAAUCAGUGACCUUGAUUCCUGGUUGAAGACUCCAUCGAUAUAUGUUUUUGACUGCUCUGCUGCUGGGAUGAUUAUCAAUGCCUUCACUGAGCUUAAUGACUGGGGUGCUUCUGGAUCCUCGAGGGAUUGCAUUCUGCUUGCGGCCUGUGAAGCACACGAGACUCUUCCACAGAGUGCUGAAUUUCCUGCUGAUGUGUUUACUGCUUGCCUCACUACUCCUAUAAAGAUGGCAUUACGAUGGUUCUGCAAACGUUCCUUGCUUCACGAGUCCCUUGAUGAUUCCCUCAUAGAUAAAAUUCCUGGCCGCCAGAAUGAUCGGAAAACACUUCUGGGUGAAUUGAACUGGAUUUUUACCGCUGUGACUGACACAAUUGCAUGGAAUGUUCUUCCUCAUGAUCUUUUUCAGAGACUGUUCAGACAAGAUUUGUUAGUUGCCAGUUUAUUUCGAAACUUUUUACUUGCGGAGCGAAUUAUGCGUUCUGCUAAUUGUUCCCCCAUCUCUCAACCAAUGUUGCCACCAACCCAUCAACAUCAUAUGUGGGAUGCGUGGGACAUGGCUUCUGAGAUUUGCCUUGCUCAGCUUCCAUCACUGAUUGAGGACCCUAAUGCAGAGUUCGUAGCUAGUCCAUUUUUCACUGAGCAGUUGACAGCUUUUGAGGUAUGGCUUGACCAUGGAUCUGAACAUAAGAAACCGCCAGAGCAGUUGCCCAUUGUUCUUCAGGUUUUACGUAGCCAAAGUCAUCGAUUUCGGGCACUGGUUCUUCUUGGAAGAUUCCUUGAUAUGGGACCCUGGGCAGUAGAUCUGGCUCUGUUUGUUGGAAUCUUCCCAUAUGUCUUGAAGCUAUUGCAAACAAUAACACCAGAGGUUCGGCAAAUUCUUGUAUUCAUAUGGACAAAGAUUCUUGCUCUUGAUAAGUCAUGUCAGGUUGAUCUAGUAAAGGAUGGGGGGCAUACAUAUUUCAUUAGAUUUCUUGAUAGCAUGGAAGCAUAUCCAGAGCAGCGUGCAAUGGCUGCAUUCGUUUUGGCUGUAAUUGUUGAUGGGCACAGAAAGGGCCAGGAAGCCUGUGUUGAAGCUGAUUUAAUUCAUGUCUGCUUGAAGCACCUUCAGGGUUCAACCCCAAAUGAGUCAACUGACCCCCUAUUUCUUCAGUGGCUUUGCCUCUGUAUGGGAAAGCUGUGGGAGGAUUUCACAGAGGCCCAAAUAAUGGGCUUGCAGGCUGAUGCCCCUGCGAUAUUUGCUACCCUACUCUCUGAGCCCCAACCAGAGGUCAGGGCUUGUGCUGUUUUUGCCCUUGGUACCCUGCUUGACAUGGGGGCCCACUCUAGAGAUGGUGUUGGAGGAGAUGAAGAAUGUGAUGAUGAUGAAAAGAUCAGGGCUGAGAUUAGUAUCACUAGAAGCCUUUUAAGUGUUGUUGCUGAUGGAAGUCCACUGGUCAGGGCUGAGGUUGCCGUGGCGCUUGGGCGCUUUGCCUUUGGCCACAACAAGCAUCUCAAGUCAAUUGCUGCUGCAUAUUGGAAACCCCAGUCUAAUUCUCUGCUGAAUUCCAUACCUUCUUUGGCUCAUAUAAAAAGUACAGGCAGUGGAUAUGGUAACCCAAACCAGUACAUAUCGCAUGGAAACAUUGUUUCAUCCCAAGUUGGUUCCGUUUUAAGAGUUGGCAAUGACAAUCCAUCAGUGGUUCGAGAUGGAAGGGUCUCCACCAGCAGCCCUCUAGCUAACUCUGGAAUUAUGCAUGGUUCUCCUUUGUCUGAUGAUUCAUCUCAACAUUCUGAUUCUGGAAUAUUGAAUGAUGGUGUCAGCAAUGGGGUUGUUAACCAUUCCAGGUCAAAACCUCUGGACAAUGCAAUGUAUUCACAAUGUGUAUUGGCUAUGUGUACAUUAGCCAAGGAUCCAUCUCCGCGCGUAGCAAGUCUUGGUCGGCGGGUACUGUCCAUUAUUGGGAUUGAACAAGUGGUGGCAAAACCUUUCAGGACCACCAGCGGCAAUGUUCGGCCUGGUGAACUGGCAAAAGCAUCUCCAAGUCCUAAUCUUUCUGGACUAGCUCGUUCAUCUUCGUGGUUUGACAUGAGUGGAGGUCAUUUACCUUUAACCUUCCGAACGCCUCCUGUCAGCCCUCCUCGACCCAGUUAUUUAACUGGAAUGCGAAGAGUUUGCUCUUUAGAGUUCAGGCCUCAUCUUAUAAAUUCUCCUGACUCAGGAUUAGCUGACCCUCUUCUUGGUUCUGGAGGUUCAUCUGGGGUUUCGGAACGCAGUUUACUUCCGCAGUCAACAAUCUAUAAUUGGAGUUGUGGCUACUUCUCCAAGCCACUUCUUACUGCUUCAGACGAUAGUGAUGUAAUACUAGCUAGAAGAGAAGAGAGGGAGAAAUUUGCAUUGGAGCAUAUAGUUAAAUGCCAGCACUCAUCCGUUAGCAGGCUUAAUAAUAAUAAUCAAAUUGCUAGCUGGGAGACAAAGUUCGAAACAGGCACCAGCACAAUACUGCUGCAACCUUUCACUCCUGUUGUUAUUGCUGCAGAUGAGAAUGAACGGAUCAGGAUAUGGAAUUAUGAGGAAGCUACCCUGCUCAACUCUUUUGAUAAUCACGAUUUUCCUGACAAAGGAAUUGCUAAGCUCUGCCUUAUAAAUGAACUUGAUGACAGCUUGCUUCUUGCUGCUUCAUGUGAUGGAAAUAUUCGAAUUUGGAAAGAUUAUGAUCUGAAGAAUAAACAAAAGCUUGUAACCGCAUUCUCUUCAAUUCAAGGGCAUAAAUCUGUUGUGCGAAGUUUAAGUGCUGUUGUGGAUUGGCAACAGCAGUCCGGAUAUUUGUAUGCUUCUGGUGAGAUGUCAUCCAUCAUGCUUUGGGAUCUGGAUAAAGAGCAGCUUGUUAGUUCCACUCCCUCGACAUCAGAUUGCACCAUCUCAGCAUUGGCUGCUUCUCAAGUUCACGGGGGUCAAUUUGCAGCUGGUUUUGUGGAUGGCUCUGUCAGACUCUAUGAUAUUCGGAAACCAGAAAUGCUUGUUUGUGAAACACGACCGCACUCCCAAAAGAGCGAAAGAGUUGUGGGAAUUGGCUUCCAACCUGGGCUUGAUCCUGCAAAGAUUGUUAGCGCAUCUCAAGCUGGAGACAUUCAAUUCCUUGAUAUCAGAAAUGAUAGGGAUGCCUACCUCACAAUUGAUGCUCACAGAGGCUCCCUUACAGCUUUAGCUGUUCAUAGACAUGCCCCGGUUAUUGCCAGUGGUUCAGCCAAACAGCUUAUCAAAGUCUUUAGCCUUGAGGGUGAACAACUAGGCACUAUUCGGUACCUGCAUACAUUCAUGGGCCAGAAGAUAAGUUCUGUAAGCUGCCUUGCCUUCCAUCCCUACCAAGUAUUGCUUGCUGCUGGUGCUGUAGAUGGUUGUGUCACUGUCUAUGCCAACGAUAACUCUCAAGCAAGAUGAAGGCGAGUUAUUUCCUGGUGUCUGUUUGAUAUAGGCUUCUAAUCGGAGGGAUUAGAGGGACAUAAGUGCAUGAGACUUCCAUUGGAGUCACUGCUGCAGCUUUCACUGGUGCGGUUGGAUCAUCACGUGCCACACAUUCUCGCUUCCCAAAUUCUUCUUCGCUGUCAAUGUAUCGUGGAAUCCUGGUUGGGUGCUUUCUACCAAUGGUGUGCUAUACAUUCGUUAGCCCCCCCCGGCCCUGUGGGUCACGGCUUUAAGUACAUAUUUAUUGGGGGGCUUCGACAAAUAAUCUGUCACGAGUAAAUGAGUGUAAAUAGUUUAUCCUCUUUAUAUAUAGAUAUAUGUAUUUCUCCAUUUUAGCGUCUUCAUUGUUUCUUCCGCCUGUUAAAACGUGUAAAUGCAGCACUCUGUCACGAUUCUGAGAAUUUCCCAUAGUGCUGUGGGUUGAACUCCUGAAACACGGGGGAUUCAACUUCACCCCUGUUCCUUUAACUUUAUGAUGUUGGUGGUGAUGGUCACUUGGUUCUUUCAUUAACGAUUAUCUAACGUGUAGAUUAGUUGA